CAUGCGCCAUAUUUAUUGUCGAUCAACAGACACCUGUGAACAUCGCCCUCUUAUCGUCGAACGAUGGUUCUGCGUUCAUUUAUUAGAAAACACUGAUGUAAUCGAUUUUUUAAAAAUAAGUUUGUCUAAUAAAAUAAUUUUUACUACUUUAAAAGAAUAUUGUGUGGAAAAGUUCUUUCUUUUAGCGAACUUAACGAAGUUCGUUUUGAAAUAAAGUGAAAAAUAUUCGACUGCUGCUUAAGUAUUGUUUGGUGAAUCAUGGUGAAAAUAAUAGUAAUUGUUACUGUUGCAAUAAUACAAUUAGCAACAUGUCAACGUUCACCUACAAUUUCUUAUAUUUCACAAGAACAAAUUAAAGAUAUUGGUGGAACUGUUGAAUUACUUUGUUCAGUGCAAUACGGUCAAGAAUAUCCAGUACUAUGGAUGAAAACAAAUAAAGAAAGCGGAUAUGAUCCAUUACCACUUUCUACAAAUAGUGCCUUAAUUGUAAAAGAUAGUAGGUUUGCUCUUAGAUAUGAUCAAGCAUCUUCUACGUAUACUUUACAGAUAAAGGACAUACAAGAAACAGAUGCAGGAUUUUAUUCAUGCCAAGUUUUGAUUGCUAUUAAUAAUCGAUUAUCUGCAGAAGUAGAAUUAAAAGUACGAAGACCACCUAUUAUUAGUGACAAUUCUACUCGGUCUAUUGUCGUUAGCGAAGGACAAUCGGAAGUAAAAUUAAAAUGUCAUGCAGGAGGAUUCCCAGAACCAAGAAUUUCAUGGCGUAGAGAGAACAAUGCUAUUUUACCAACGGGUGGAUCUAUUUAUCGUGGAAAUAUACUCAAAAUAAAUAACAUUCGCAAGGAAGAUCGGGGAACAUAUUAUUGUAUUGCUGAAAAUGGUGUGGGACGUGGUGCAAGACGUAAUAUUAAUGUUGAAGUUGAAUUUGCUCCUGUAAUAACAGCACCUAGACCACGUUUAGGUCAAGCUUUACAGUAUGACAUGGAUUUAGAAUGUCACGUGGAAGCUUAUCCUCCACCUGCAAUACUUUGGUUAAAAGAUGGUACCGCAUUGGUAAACAAUCAGCAUCAUAAAAUAUCUCAUUUUGCAACUGCAGAUGAAUAUAGUGAUACUACAAUUCGAAUAAUAACAAUAGAAAAGAAACAAUAUGGAGAAUAUAUAUGUCGUGCUUCUAACAAGUUAGGAACUGCAGAAACUAAAGUUGAGCUUUUCGAAACCUUUACCCCAGUUUGUCCACCAGCUUGUGGUCAAGUGCAUUUUGGAACUGCUGUGACUUCAGUUUCUUCAGGACCCUUGAUAGUCUUUAUUUUAGUUAUUACCAUACUGAUGAGAAAUUUCUAUGCCAAAUAUUAACUACCCAGGACUUCAGUGGGCAAGUGCGAAUCAAUGUUCACUAUCAAAGUGGCUAUUUGCAGCAGUUAGUAUUACUAUUUUGGAUAGAUUUUAAGAGCAACUUAAUAUAAUCCCGGGGGCCUGAUAUCCGACAUUUUUACUUAGAUAACAUAUAUCUUUAGAUACUAUUGAAAUAUCGAGACGAAUUAUUACAUGAAUGAUACAUUUAGUUAAAAAACGAAGCCUAAUACAUAUAUACAUGUGCAUGCCCUCUUAGUUGUGUAUGCAUAGAAUAUACACAAAUUAAGUUCUGUAUACACAAUGUUAAGAGAAGUACAAUAUGUUGGUAAUAUGAAUGUUGGUAGUACAAAUUAACAUUCCAGAGCAAAAGUUUAUAAUAAUGUCACGGUAGUGGUAAAUAUAAUUAAUAAAAUUUUGUAGGUUUUUAUAUCAGUAUAAACUAAUAAUAUAAUGAAGUAAUCGUUACGAAGGUAGAUGUUAUAAAAUAUAGUCAUUUUGCAUGAAGAGUAUAGCAAGAAAUUUUAUCGAGAAGAUGAUUAUUGAAGUAAAAUUUACAGAGUAACAAUAUGGGACGGAGAGUGAUUUGAAAAAUACCUCGAUUGUUGAUUAUUACUUUUUAGAUGUUUUUAAAAUACUGCAAAAUAUUAUGCAGAAUCUAGUAAUGGUAUGAAAAAAAAAUUUUUAAAUAAAUUCCAGUUACCACUAUUAUUCUAUUCUGCUUAUUCGAUUAAUAAAAGUAUGUGAUCUGAAUAGAAAAAAUUUUCAUAUAAACGCAUAAAUUAUUAAAAAUCUCUAGUUACAAAUGCGUUAUUAAAAAAAGAAUAUAUAUAUAUAUAUAUAUUGGAGCAUGUUUAAUAGAGUUAAUAUCUAUCUUCUAAAUGAUUAAUAUAACAUGAAAAAUUUUGGAAAUAAGAUUAAGAUAAUUAAAAUAAAAUUU